AUUAAUGAUCACAAAUAAUAAAUACCAAAAGGCAUAAAAAAAACAGAGGAGAAAAAAAGAGAAAAGUAGUUCCAAGAUUGUGUGGAUCCAUCCAUCUUCGCUCGAUCAAUCAUGGCGUCUCUUCUCAGUCCAUCGCCCGCUGCAUCUUUGCAAAACAAGGUGAAUCAUUAUAAAGCUAAUGGCUCGUGCAUGAGCGGGCCGCGAGCGGCAAUACCGCGCUGUACGGUUCGAAGAGGCGGUAGAUGUCACCUUGUGGUGAAAGCUCAAGCAACUGUUGAAGGGGCAACACUAACGAGAGAAGCGGAUGCAGUGACCAACAGAAAUGAUAUAGGAUUCCUCAGCAUUCAUCAUGUAGGAAUCCUAUGCGAAAAUCUCGAAAGGUCACUCGAUUUUUAUCAAAACCUUCUCGGUCUUGAGAUAAACGAAGCACGUCCGGAUGACAAACUUCCCUAUCGGGGUGCUUGGUUGUGGGUGGGUUCCGAGAUGAUUCACCUGAUGGAGCUCCCAAAUCCAGACCCUUUGACCGGAAGACCCGAACACGGGGGCAGAGACCGUCACACCUGCAUCUCUAUUAAGGACGUGUCCAAGCUGAAGGCCGUCCUUGAUAAAGCCGGCAUUCCUUACACGCUUAGCAAGUCAGGGAGGCCGGCGAUCUUCACGAGAGAUCCGGAUGCAAAUGCUCUCGAGUUUGUGCAACUUGAUUAAUGAGGCCAGCAUUUUGAGAGUUCAUACUUUCGCUCCUUUGCAUCCAGUAUCUCUGCACUCACAGAUACUCCUAUUCUGUAGUAUUUCAGCACCACACGCACUUAUGUACAUAAGAUUGCUGAGUUUAAUGUGAUAAGCCUCGUUGUGUUAUCGGUGCCUUGGCCAUUCCCCACGGCUAAUAAGGAUUUGGUUUAUUCAGUUCA